GGAGAACAUCAGUUGACAGGCCAUAAGGUGGCAGUUAAAAUCUUAAAUAGACAGAAGAUUCGCAGUUUAGAUGUUGUUGGAAAAAUAAAACGAGAAAUUCAAAAUCUGAAACUCUUUCGUCAUCCUCAUAUUAUCAAAUUAUACCAGGUAAUCAGCACUCCAACAGACUUUUUUAUGGUAAUGGAAUAUGUGUCUGGAGGUGAAUUAUUUGACUACAUCUGUAAACAUGGACGGGUUGAAGAGAUGGAAGCCAGGCGGCUCUUCCAGCAAAUUCUGUCUGCCGUGGAUUAUUGCCACAGGCACAUGGUUGUUCAUCGUGACCUAAAACCAGAGAAUGUGCUGCUGGAUGCGCAGAUGAAUGCCAAGAUAGCAGAUUUUGGACUAUCUAAUAUGAUGUCAGAUGGUGAGUUUCUACGAACCAGUUGUGGAUCUCCAAAUUACGCAGCACCUGAAGUCAUCUCGGGCAGGCUGUACGCAGGCCCUGAAGUUGAUAUCUGGAGCUGUGGCGUCAUCUUGUAUGCGCUUCUCUGUGGCACCCUCCCAUUUGAUGAUGAGCACGUUCCCACCUUGUUUAAGAAGAUCCGCGGGGGUGUGUUUUAUAUCCCAGAAUAUCUCAAUCGCUCUGUUGCUACUCUCCUGAUGCAUAUGCUGCAGGUUGACCCUCUGAAACGAGCAACUAUUAAAGACAUAAGAGAGCAUGAAUGGUUUAAACAAGAUUUGCCCAAUUACUUAUUUCCUGAAGACCCCUCUUAUGAUGCUAACGUCAUUGAUGAUGAGGCUGUGAAAGAAGUGUGUGAAAAAUUUGAGUGUACAGAAUCAGAAGUAAUGAACAGUUUAUAUAGUGGUGACCCUCAAGACCAGCUUGCAGUCGCUUAUCAUCUUAUCAUUGACAAUCGGAGAAUAAUGAACCAAGCCAGUGAGUUCUACCUCGCCUCUAGUCCUCCAACUGGUUCUUUUAUGGAUGAUAGUGCCAUGCAUAUUCCUCCAGGCCUGAAGCCUCAUCCAGAAAGGAUGCCACCCCUUGUAGCAGACAGCCCCAAAGCAAGAUGUCCACUGGACGCACUGAAUACAACGAAGCCCAAAUCAUUAGCUGUGAAGAAAGCCAAGUGGCAUCUUGGAAUUCGAAGCCAGAGCAAACCAUAUGACAUCAUGGCUGAAGUUUACCGUGCUAUGAAGCAACUGGAUUUUGAAUGGAAGGUCGUGAAUGCCUAUCAUCUUCGUGUAAGAAGAAAAAAUCCAGUGACUGGCAAUUACGUGAAAAUGAGCUUACAACUUUACCUCGUUGACAAUAGGAGCUAUCUUUUGGAUUUUAAAAGCAUUGAUGAUGAGGUGGUGGAGCAGAGGUCUGGUUCCUCGACACCUCAGCGUUCCUGUUCUGCUGCAGGUUUACACAGACCACGAUCAAGCUUUGAUUCAGUGACCGCAGAGAGCCACUCACUGUCUGGCUCCCUCACUGGCUCCUUGACUGGAAGCAUGGUGUCCUCAGCAUCACCUCGCCUGGGUAGUCACACCAUGGAUUUUUUUGAGAUGUGUGCCAGUCUCAUCACCACUUUAGCCCGUUGAUGACCUGUCCCUCGUUUCUAUCGUUCUGUUACUGCACUGUGAAAAUAAGAUAUAUUCUUUAAAUUAUUACCUUCCGAAUAGCACACACACUGCAAUAUAUUUUUUUGGGAGGACCGGGAAUAGAACUCAGGACCUCACGCUUGCCAGGCAGGUGCUGUGCUGCUGAGCUAUAUACCCAGCCCCAUCCUCUGCAAUAUUGAGAGAGGUGAAUAUCACCAGGGGAAAUAGAAUACCAUUGAAACUACUGAAAAAAAGCCUGACAUUUAAUUUAGAAUUUCAUUUUGCUGUGCCUCUCAUAAGCUCGCGUAGGCAGUGUUUUUAAUGGGUGGGCAUUGAUGAAGAUUGUGGGCUUUUAACAGUUGUGGAUUCAUUACAGGUGAUGAGCCCACCUCACUGUUGACUCAGCCAAUCUAGCACUUCCUUGUUCCACCAUUAGUGUAGGUAGACCCGACUCACCUCCUAAAUUUCAGCAGGUUUUAAGCUGUGCUUUUGCUUUCAGUUUUGUGGCACAAGAUGAACAAAGUAGUCAUUAGUAAAGUGUUAUUUAAAUGGUGAAAUUUUAAACUCCCUCCAAAGUUUAGAAAUUCAGUUCUUCUAGCAGUGCUUGAAAUACUGCCUACUGUUCAUCAGAAGGGUUGUGGUCCUGAAACAGGUACCCAUGAUUUCCUUAGAAACAGUUUUAUCUUGAGAUUUUCCAGAAUAAUGUUGUUUCUCUAAAGAGCCUUAAAGGUUCUAGUUAGUAUUGGAACAUCUGGAAUUACAACAUUUUCUAUCUUUUCUGUAAGCUUACACAAUUUAAAAACUAUUUUAAAGAUCUUUAUCAAACUCUUUUUGUGACUUUUUAUUUUUGCACAUUACCAGGAAUGUAAAAGACAGUUAAAUGAAACAACUAGAGAGGUCACCAUUCCCCUAGAAGGGUACUCUGUCUUUGCUCUUAUGUAGUGUGUAAGGGAGGAUGCAAAGUCCAAGCUGGGUUGUGUCCCACAGUGCUGCUAAUUCUUCAUUUGAAAUUUAGCUUCCACAGCCCGUUCCUUCCCCACCUUCUGGCGACUUUGUCCUUGGGCCUUCAGGGGCUUCUCACCUUAACCUUUGAUUCCUUUUUGGUUUCCUUUCUUGGUUGCUAGCCACUUGGUUUGAAAACAUGGUUCUGCCCUAAGGGCUCUUAUGCUUCCAAAGCUUGAUAGCCUGUCACCUUCACUCUAGACCCUGCUGGAGUGGGGACGCCUUAAGAAUUUAAAAAUUUUCUUGAAUAAAUAUGUGUUGUUAAUAUAUAAUGUAUGUGUACAUACAACAAUGCUUUUAAUCCAGAACCACAUUUUUUUGCUUUGAUAAAAUCAAAAACAUCCAAAGUAUAUAUAGCAGGGUAGGUAAUACCUGAUUGAUUAUAUUUUGUUUUGUAAAAGUAUUUAAUUUUAAAAUUAUAUGUAAUUUAUCCAAUUUGUAUUUAUUCAUUUAUUGUAUUUAUGUUGUAAUUUACAUUCUCAUUCACCACACUUCCCCUAUAAAAUAUUAAGCUCUUGAAAACAAAAAGAAUGACAUUGCCUUGACAGGUUUCUCUUUGCCAAAAAUAAUAUAUUUCCUACAAAGAAACAAAUGAGAAACUUAAGAACAUUUUUCUUUUAUUUAUGAAAGAUAAGUAUGUC